GCAGUCGGGUUUACUUUUCGUUUUGGAGCCUUCCAUGAACAACAGUCGGCAAUGCCUUCCAACGAGAGCAGCGGCCGUCAUCCGCUCAAUGUAAAGUUCGUCCCCAUUCCCGAAACACUCCCGGAGGAUGGCCAAUUCCGCCAGGAUUUCCCUUCGUACACGGACGGACUGGUGGAAGCCUCGCCGGGCGGAUACAUCACCACCACUCAAGUGUUUGCCGAGAAUGCCGAAAAUAUUUUCAAUCUGAAACCGAGACCGGACGAUGUCUUCGUUCUCACCUUCCCCAAAUCAGGGACGACAUGGACUCAAGAUCUUGUUUGGCUGCUGAUGAACAACUGCGACUUUGAAAGGUCCAAAAUACCAUUAGUGAUUCGCUCACCUUUUCUAGAGAUGAAUUAUUACGUGCCGAAAGCCCUACAAGAGAAAUACGAGCGCGACGCUAUUAUUAGCAAAAUGAGAUUGCCAGCUUUCCUGGUCGACCUGAUGUACCGAUUCAACAUCAUGGACAUUGUGCGACCGGCGGUGAUGAAAAUUAUGAAUCUGGUGGUGGGCGAGGCAGUGCGUGAUUUGAAUCAACUGGAGCGCAUGAAAUCACCCAGGGUUUUCAAAACUCACCUGCCACUUUACCUACUUCACCCCGAAUUGCUAGAAACCAGCAAGGUCGUCUACGUUGCUCGCAACCCAAAAGAUGUCAUCGUCUCCUACUUCCACUUUCACAAAUUGAUGAAUCAACACAAAUUCACCGGCGAUCUCGAGUCGUUCGCCGACUACUUUAUGAAAGACAGACUUUACUCUUCUCCCUAUUUUCCGCAUUUGCUCGACGCCUGGACAAAGAGACAUCAUCCCAAUUUACUGUUCAUCUUUUACGAGGAUCUCAAAAGAGAUUUGAGAGGUGAAAUCCAAAAGAUUGGCCGUUUCCUGGGCAGAUAUCCCAACGAAUACCAGCUCAACAAAAUGGUCGAACAUUUGCGCAUCGACAAAUUUGCCACCAACAAGUCCGUCAACUUUGAGCACUAUAGGUGGCUGAAUUUCAUGAGCCCUGACGGUCGAUUCAUCCGCAAUGGUAAAACUGGCGACUGGAAGAACCACUUUUCACCGGAGCUCAACGCGCGGAUAGAAGAAUGGAUGAAGGAGAAUUUGAAAGACACUGAUUUGAAUUUCAUCACAGAGCUGGAGCAGCAAGAUUAAACAGCAUCCAUCUCUCACUAUAUAUACAAAAGAAGAUCAGCUAUUAUAUGAUAUUUACAUUUAUACAUAAAUUACAUUAUUCUAAAACUAUUUACAUAUUUUCUAUGUAACGUGAAUCAUUAUUAUCGCGAAUAAAUAUAGAUCUCUUAUUGA